ACCUAUAUAUUGAGGAGCCAUCGGACGUUCCUUCCUUCCUCCAAGCCCUCCCUGUGACCUAGUCCUUCCAUUUACUUUUCAUCUCUCUCUCUUCCGAAUUGUGCAUCCAUGGCGUUCAAAAGAGCCUUUGCUCAGCGCCUUCUCAAUGUCACCAAAAUGUCCUCCCAAACACUCACCAAUUGUCGCAUAUCCUCUUCCUCUGCCCUGGCUCCCAUUCCUCCCACCGCUGGCACUCCUCAUCUUGCUCCGGAUCCGGGAGACAAUGCCGUCUUCCGCCGUCUCCUGCACAACCGAGCUGAUUCGCAAACGGCCACGGCCUGUUCCCCCGUGCUCGGCCAAAAUCUUGUUCACAAGCUGAAGGAGAUAGACAUUGCCAGAAAUCGACUUCGAUUAGACGGAUUGUUGCCGCCAGCGGAGACUUCGGAUUCGACGCAACAUGUGACCGCUGAGAAUGCGAGAAAAUUGUUCAGAGCGGCGCGGUUGGAAUUGGUUAGGUCGAGGCUAAGGAGCAUCCAAAAUAGCUGCAUUCCCUAUCCAGAGUUUCUUCGGAUCUGCGAAGAUUGCUGUUCGGACCGGGAUCAAGCGGUGCGGGUUGCCAAGAUGCUUGAUGAUUCUGCUACUGUGGUUAUAUUGGGAGAUAUCGUUUUUCUCAGGCCUGAACAGGUAGCAAAAGCGGUUCUAAAUCUGUUUCCUAUUCCUGGAGCCAAUGCGGCACAGGAACAAGCAAUGAAAGAACUCGAAGAAAUGGAGAAGGAGAAGGCAGUAAUCGAUGGGAAAGCAGACGGGUUGGUUCGGAGAGAGCUAUGGAGCGGGCUGAGCUUCCUGGUGCUGCAAACAGCGGCAUUCAUGAGGCUCACAUUUUGGGAGCUUUCUUGGGAUGUGAUGGAACCAAUCUGCUUUUUUGUGACCUCCAUCUACUUCAUGGGUGGUUACGCCUUCUUCCUUCGCACCUCCAGGGAACCUUCUUUUGAAGGUUACUACAAAGGCCGAUUCAUCGCCAAGCAGAAGCGCCUCAUGAAGCUUCGCAAUUUCGACAUGGCAAGGUAUAAUGAGCUCAGGGCUGCUUGUUUUCCUCACUCACUAUCUCACCCUCCCCUCUUUUCCAGCAAGUCUUGUUCUCAUUGAUCUGGAUGCCACCUCAUAUUUAAUUUUGCUGACUCAAAUUAUAACAAGAGGCACCCCCUCCCCAAAAAUGAAAAGAAGGAAAAAAACUCAUUGAAAACAGUAUCCACCCCAUUUUCCGAUAUCUCACCGAUGAAGCAAUGCUGGGGGUGAUUUUAGGCCUAGGUGCGGCUUUUUGUACAACAGAUGCAGAGUGUCCCGUUAAGGCUUUCAAAAAGUAUCACAUGAUAAAAACUUGCUACACUUGUGGUAAAUAGUGCUUAUAUUAUAGAUUUCCUACGAUACGUGGAGUUCAUACAAAUUUUUUCACACAUAAAUAAUGUACGUAAUAUUUGAAAUAAAAAAUACGCAGUAUAGAGAAUUGAAAAUA